GCGCGAUCUGCGUCUCGGCGACGCGGCCACGUCGCUCAUUUCGCGCGCGUCUCGGACGUCGCGACGUUGGCCGAGGGACAAAAGAAUUUCGACGGACUGUACUCGGCGGCAGUUGUAUUGACCGCGGACGCGUGUCCCUCCCGCUGGGUAUAUCCCUUCGUCUGGCUGCGGCGCGGAGCGGAACGGAGUGGUGAGGAGCGGAGCGGUGAGAAAAGGAGAGUCGCACGUUUCGGCGAGAAAGAGCCAAAGAGGCCGAAGAGAAUCCGGCGCGACGUUUGGCAAACGGUGGUGACCGAUGUGGGAGCAACGUGCCCGCAUCUGCGGGUGAAAGAAAACGACACGAGGAUCCGGACGUCGAGACGCUGUCCGACGAUGCUCGACGAUGUCGAUGAUCCGGGAACGACGACGACACUCGCCGUUGAGUUAAUCGAUUCCGCGAUAACCGGAUCCUUUCAGGAUGCCCGCGAGUGAUCGCGAAGCCGAACUUUGAGAGAGAAAGAAGGAGAGAAAGAGAUUUGAAGGCGACGAUCGGUGGUCGCCUCUCGUCACGUGAUUCGCGUCCUUUCGCGUACGUCACACGUCGCGUGCGAUUUAAAUCCCCGUCGUUUCCGAAGACGAGGAAGAUGGGCAAGACGAGAGGCGUCCACGAGACGACUCCCGAAUUGAGGAAUCGGAUGGUGGGAAUGUACGAGGCCGGUCUCGGCCUGCGAGAGAUCGCCGCCGCGGUCAAUUGCUCGCAACGUACAGUGAAGAGAUGGCUGAAUAGAUUCGACAAGGAAGGCACGGUAGAGACACGGGAGCGUUGCGGACGCAAGAGAGCCACUACUGUAGAACAAGACGAAGCAAUAAUUCGUUUAGCCACUCAAACGCCCAUAACGGCGGCGAAGGCAGUGCUUCCUGCGUUAGGUCUCACCUGUUCUGUGGAUACCGUGAGAGAAAGGCUGCACAAAGCUGGAAUCCACAAUUGGAGCCCCUCGCGCAAAUACAUGCAAAGGAUUCCAUUGGGUGAUGCAGACGGCGCAGCGAUUCAACAGGCGGUAUGGCGACCGACCGGCACCCAAUUAGGUAAAAAGAAAACUCCCAAAGACUCGAACAAGUCUGAGAGGAAUGUUACGGUUAAAAAGAAGAAUCCAUCGAAAAAAGUAAGAUCUCGAGAGGUGUACGUGGACGAUGGUGCACCAACGGAAAGUCUAAAGCAGAAUCAAAACACUGAGCAACAACAGCAACAACAACAACAGCAGCAGCAGCAGCAGCAGCAGCAACAACAACAACAACAACAACAACAAGAAUUCGUGUUUCCUCAGCAAAAUCUUCCUCCACUGCCUUCCGCUCCUCAAGUCACCGAAAUGCAACCCUCUGUAUCCACAAGUCAGACAGAGUUUGGCAACGCGUUAAGUCUAGUGCAACAACCGCAGCCCAUCUAUCAACAUCCAGGAUUGAACAUGGUACAAAAUUGGCCGUUGGAUUUGGUACAAGGAAGUCAUCAUUAUCCACAGGGACAACCAAAUCCCUUGCCUCACGAGCAUCCACCGCCGCCGACGCAACUGCAAGAGCUGCACACACAGCAGGAACAGCAGCAACAUCACGCGCAACAGGCUCAGCAGCACGUGCAGGCACAAGUACAGACGCGACUGCAGGAGCAAUCGCAUCAGCAGAAUACUCAGUCUCAUCAUCACAGUCUCGAUCAGCAGCGACUGACCGUGGAGCAUCAGAUUCAACAACAACAUCAGCACUUGCAGUCCGGCAGACGUCCUAGUCCCGAGCAGACGAACGAGAACGUAGGAUCGGACACGUGCAGUUCUGGCGAUUCAUUCGUUUUAAGAAUCAGUCGUUCUAAUAGCGAGUCAUCCUGCGAAUGUCAACAGAAUAAGAAAUCGUCACACAAAGGCCAGAAAUCGGAACGGCAGAAGAAAACGAAGAAAGGCGGCAAAGCGAAGGGAACGUUAGAGACUAGCGUUGAAAUCAGGAAUCGUAUGAUCGGAAUGUCCGAGGCUGGACUGUCCACCUUGUCCAUUGCGCUGGCGAUCGAUAGAUCGGAACGUACUGUUAAAAGAUGGUUAGAACGUUGGCAUAAGGAAGGCAAUGUACAAACGAAGGAACGAAAGGGUCGACGUAGAAUUACUACUAAGGAACAAGACGAGGCCAUCGUCGCGAUGGCUACUCAGCAUCCUCUCACCGCCGCUAAAUAUGUAGCACCUGCACUAGGUCUUAAAUGCAGCGUGGAUACAAUUAGAGAGAGGCUUCACAAAGCUGGGAUACACAGCUGGAAGUUGGGCAAAAAGCAAGGCGAAGGCAAUGCAGUUCACACAGUCCAUUUGUGGCAGCCAAGUGGUAAUCGUCCUAACAAACCGAAAAUGCCGGGAGAAAAAAAGAAGAAGAGUAGUGAUAAGAAACGUAAUCAGAUAAUGAAUAACAGUCAAAAACGUAUCAUGCGGAAAAAGAAGAGUAACGAGCCGCCGCCACCACCAAAAGCAAAUUCACCUCCGGCAAACAUAAUACAGGAACAACCUCCAUUACCGUUCCAUAAUCCUGGAAACAUGGGAAAUUAUGUUUCGGGUCCUAACAUAAUGCAACCGGUGCAUAAUAUUGCCGCACCACCUCCCGCACUGCCGCAACCGCAACCACCUCCGCCACCAUCAGCACCACAACUGAUGUCGAUGGGUCCAAUAAUGCAACAGAGACCGGACUGCAGAAUGGCACCGAUAGUUCCACCUGUGUCGGGCCCGAGCAAUUCCGGUGUCGCCUAUCCAUCGUGCAUGGUCGGCGGCAGUAGUCACGCCAGUCACAUGGAGCAAACAGACCCUCUAAAUUACGAGCCGUAUAUUUGGAGUUUUUAGACACAUCAGUAUGACAAUCUGAACCGCAUAUGUAGGAAAAAAAAUUGAAAAUUGAAAAGUUUAAUUGUAUUUGAACAAACUCCGUCAUUUAUUAGAGCAUCGUAAAAUUAUGUUUUUAUGAAAAGGAUUCUGACAAUUGAAAACAUUUGAGAAUCAGUGAUGCAGAGAUUUUGUUAAUACGAUUAAGAUAAAUAUUUUAACAUUACGACUUUUAUGUACGCGAUUUAAUUUAUACAUAAAUUGCAAUAUUAGAAGAUACGUCUAUGCAUGUGCAAGAAGAAAAUUCGAUAAUUUUAUUGUUAUAUCUAAGAAAAAAUUAUUGACUUUAAAGAGAAACUUUUAUAAUACCAUACAGCAUUUAGACCAAUUUAAAUCAACAUGAAGACUAUAAUAUGUACAUAUAGAAUCGUAUAGAGCAAGUAGAGCAAAGACGUACAUCACGUUUAUUUUGCUAAAUAUCGUCUCUUUAAAUAAUGUGCAGUCAUAAUUAAAUUAUUGUAUAUUAAAAAUUGAUUUUUAUACAAUGCGAUCAAACUUCAAUUGAAGGGUUUUAACAUUUAUGUUGUAAAUAUCUUUAACAGCUGAAAGAAAACAUGAUCUGAAUAUCAAAUGAAUUUACACAAAUAUCGGCUGAUUUGGCAUACAAACUACUUAAUAAUAGUUAUGUAAAAUAGAAAAUUCAAGAAACUUCUGAACGAAUCCAGUGAUAGAUCUAUUUUCGAUAUAUAACUCCUAUUCGAUCCUUUUUUUGUGAGAGUUAUAUAUAAAUGAUUUUACAUAGUAUAUAUUCUAUAUUUAAUUAAUAUAUAUGAAUCUACUUUAAAACUAUAGUACAAAUUGGCACGUUUCAAUUAGAAAAGUGUAGCAAAUCAAUUUUAAGCAGGCUGUCAAAAUACAUCCAAUGUGCAAACUCCUUUUCUCUAUGAUAUUCGUACACAAAUUUUUUAAUGAAUUUUUUAUGAUACCAUUACAUUAUCAUAAGUUUUAUAUCGUUUCAUAUACACAAUUUUUUCUUUUAAUGCAGCAUCCAAUUAAAGAUUGUAUUUGUUAUAUAAUUUUUUUGAAACAAAGCAGCAUUGAUAUUCGUCCGCAUACAAUUACCGGUGGUACAAAUGCAAAGUAGUGCACUAGUUACACGAAAAAUGUGUGAGAUAUGUAGAUAAAUUUCGUUGGUAUUUCAAAUGUUCAUCUUCCUUCAUGUAUUGAUAUUAAAUAAUAGAGUAUUACGUACUCAUAUCGAGUGAGAAUGUGACCCGUUGUAUUUUACAAUACAUGACAUUACGUCAACGAUAAUAUCAUCACGUAUUGUACAUAUUACACGAUUAAUAGAAAUAUUUUCAGCUACUUCCAUUGAGAUCUCCAUCCCGUUUUGUAUUUGUUUUAUAAAGGAAAAUAAAAAUAAUUACUAGACUCAUUA